AUGAAUAAAAAUCGAAGAAAUUCCGAGCUUUAUGAUGACUACUGCUGCACGGGAAGUGUCAGUGGCAAUUUCCGCCGCUCGUCCUCACUGCGACUGCGCGGUGAAAAAAUGGUGCAGCGCUCACCUUUAUCCACAAGGAAAUUAAUACCAAUAAUCACGGAAAAUUCUCAUCAAAAGACACGAAGCGAUGGCACUCGUUUACCAGAGCCAAGCCAUCGCCCUCGCAGCCACUCAUUUAAUUCAAACACUCAGGGCAAGCCAAGAAAAUCUUGCCUUAGGCCUCAACAGCCUUGUAUGGAUAGGAAUCUGAGUAUGACUGAUUCAACUCAUACACCACCAGGAUCUCCUGAAGAUUUACCUGAUGAUGAAUCAUUGCAUAGUUAUGGUAGUGCGGCAACUGCUGCUUCAAUUGAUGCUGGUUAUGCUCCAUUUAAUGGCACCACCUUCAGUGGAAGGUCAAUGCGAUACGUCCUACAUUGUUCUUCUCAUGCUGGUUUAGCAGGAGAUGAAUAUCUUACCCCAACACAACGAGCCCAGAAACAAAUCCGCCGGUUAAAAACAUUGCUUUGUCAAGCUAAGAAAGACUUGGAGAAAAAGGACAGUGAAAUAUUUCAUCUUACAAAAGAAGUAGUUGAGUUACGUUUAUACAAAGCUUCAAUAUGCUCACCCGAUGAGAAAUCAAAUUCAAGUGAAAUUGUUACAAUAAGAGAAAUAAGCAGGGAAGGUUCAAUGCAAGAAGAAAAUGUGAAGUGUAAGGAAAUGUUUGAUGUAACUGAUAGUCCUUUGUUUAAAGAUCAGAUAUCUACAAGAUGUCGCAACGAAAUGCAAGGUUCAUUCACUGACUCUGGACAUUUUGAUGAUCUUACAAAUUCUUCAUUGCAUUCUAAGGAGUCUGUUCACAUGCUUACACAUGAUGCAUCAUGCAUGACUGAAAUGGAUGACAGUGAUGAAGAACGACGCAAUUUAAUUGCUUAUUAUGAGAAAAAAUUUGAAGAUUAUACAAGAGCACAUGUAGGAGACACACAGGAGAUUAAAAAAACUCAUAAUGAAAAAGUUGAAGCUUUACUUCAAAAAUUGGCAGAUGUGAACACUCGCUAUUCAGAAUUGUUGCCUAAUUAUGAACAAGCUAAAGAGCGAAUUCACAUUUUAGAGAAGCAAUUAGAAGAAGCCAGCAAGCAAUUGCAACAUGAUGAGAGUAGGCACAGUGCUAUGUAUCUGCAAAUGUACAACAAAGGGAUGGAAGCUGCUAAAUUUGAGGUAGACAAAGAGACCGAAACAGACACAGUACAGGGGCAGUUAAGCAGAGUAUCAGUAGAGGAAUUAUUAGCGCAGCUGCAGAUUACCCAAACUGAGCUUGAAAAUGUCAAAGACUCUUCAUUCACAAGGGACCGAUCGGCAAAGUCACAAGCACUUCUGAGUGCAAAGGAGGCUGUUUCUUUAUGGGUCCUAGGAGCUCGAAAGGCAAUGUAUCGUCGCAUUGUCGAAUCACAAAAGGGCAAUAAGUCUAAUGUAGAUCCUGAGGUGACUCUACAGUUCUUGAAAUCAGCAAUCUACUAUUUCUUAACGGACCCAGAGAACCAUCAAGGACAUCUUAAUGCAAUUGAAAACAUUCUUGGAUUUACGGAGGCUGAAAAGAAAAAUAUUCGCAAAGCCAGGGCAUCAUAA